CAUCUGGCCACUUCCCCAACUCCACAGAGCCCUUCUGUCUCUGCAGCCAACGACUCCCAGCGUCUUCUUCCAAUUACAAAACCACCCCACCUCUUCCUGGGGAUUUUUGCUUCUCUUUGGUUGAGGAGCAUGACUCUUUUGGCGUUUCUCCCGCAGCUCCGGGCAGCGCCGGCCUUCGCCCGGCUCCUGACAAUGUUUUACUUCCACUGUCCCCCGCAGUUAGAGGGUUCUGCCCCCUUCGGAGGCCACUCCACGGGAGACUUUGACGACGGCUUCUUACGCAGGAAACAACGCCGGAACAGAACCACUUUCACCCUGCAGCAGCUGGAGGCCCUGGAAGCUGUGUUUGCUCAAACCCACUACCCCGAUGUCUUCACUCGAGAAGAGCUGGCCAUGAAAAUCAACCUCACAGAAGCCAGGGUGCAGGUAUGGUUUCAAAAUCGCCGGGCUAAAUGGAGGAAGACGGAACGAGGCGCCUCAGACCAGGACGGCUCGAAAGAAACGAUGGCGGAGGUGGCACCCCCAGUAAGGAAUUUGAAUUCCCCGUCUCCGGUUGAACAAACUAGGAACAAGAAGGAGAGCCUAGAGAUUCAGCAGAGCCUAAGCCGAUCCGUUGGCCCCGCUGGGCCCUUCUUCCCCUCGUGUCUGCCGGGGACUCUUCUCAACACAGCCACCUACGCCCAGGCUCUGUCGCACGUCGCUUCUCUCAAAGGGAGUCCUCUGUGCUCCUGCUGCGUUCCUGACCCCAUGGGCCUCUCCUUCCUCCCCACCUAUGGCUGCCAGAGCAACCGCACCGCCAGCGUGGCAGCCCUGCGCAUGAAAGCCCGGGAACACUCGGAGGCCGUGCUGCAGUCUGCCAACCUCCUGCCCCCCGGCGGCGGCAGCCCCCCCCCCCCGGCUAGCCAGGAGAAUGGGUCCUCUCCGGCCAAGGAACAGAUGGACGGAGACACGAGCGUAUGA